UGAAAACGAUGAUUCCGACGACGAGACACCAAUGCAGCCGUUAAGAAUGUACUUCCCACCGAGUCAGUACAACAAGAAGAUAAAGCUAUCGACAAGGUGCCAUAUCCAUGAAACUUUGUCUCUACUAGAUAAAGGGUUGGAUAUUCCUAUGACGAAGAGCGAGAAGGAGUGGUUUGAAGACCAUAUGCAGUUCAAGCACAUAUUCCACUUGAAAAAGGACCCAAACCACAAGGUUAUGGGAAUGUGGAUGCUCCUUCUUCGUACGGCUUGCAUAGAGAAAAAGAAGAAAGUUUGGUUCGUGGUAAACGGUGUCCCAAUCCGGUAUGGAUUGAGAGAGCAUGCUUUAAUGUCGGGUUUGGAUUGUCGGGCCUAUCCGGAGGGUUACAUGAACGCGGAAAGUGAAAGGUUCAAGAGGAAGCACUUCAGGGACCUUAGGAGGGUAAGAUUGGAAGACGUCAAGGAAAAACUACAGACGAUGGUUCCGGAUCGUACUCAUGACAGGUUGAAGAUGAUGAUACUCUACUUUUUAGUGAGUAUCCUUGUCGGGGACACCAAGAACUCGGGGAAGUUAGCGACGCCCAUAGAUAGCCUAUGUCUACGAGCGGUUAACGAUCUGCAGUUUUGUGCUACCUUUCCUUGGGGAAGGUACUCGUUUGAGCACAUGCUCAAGUCCAUCUCGCACACUAUGCGCCAUUUUGAUGGGGUGGUGGAGAAAGAAGGAGCAAUUUGGCCGGUUCCGGGAUUUUGUAUCCCGAUGGAGUUAUUGGCUUUUGAGGCGAUUCCUUCACUCGGUAAUGAAUUCAUUGAAUUUAGGCCAGACGCGGACAUAGAGUGUCCCCGGAUGUGUAGGAGGAAAUUCAAGCAAGGGGCGAUGAAAGGGUUUCCUCUCAAGAAGCUAAAUGACGUUCUCGGUCAAACUAAGGAUAUUGUCUCUAUCAUAGAAUGUACCGAUGAAGAAUCUGUACUGUUGGAAGAAAUCAUCGACGAAGGUCACGAAGAUGAUGAUGUGCAUGAUGUUGUGGUUGAGAGUUGGAUGAAUCUCAUUUCGAAAGGUAAGGGUGUGUUUUUCGAAGAGAUGUUCGAUGAAGAUGUGGUGGCCCGGUCAGAAAACGAAGAUACCCUUCCUACACCGAGAAUAGCCUUCAAUACUCUAGAGGCUCAGCUCAACACCCUCCAAGAAGAAGUGAGUUCGAAGUUUGUUAUCAUUUUCGAGAAGUUAGAUGGACUUGAGAAACGGUUUAAUGAAUUGGAAGCUUCCGUGAAGAGAACGGAAGAAGAUGAAGAAACAGCGGGGGAGCAAAAGAAGACGAAGAAGAAGAAAGGUGAAAAACGACCAGCCCCCCUAGAACCCGGUUCAAGACCGAAGACAAGAUCGAAGAAAAACUAAAUGUGGUUGUGGUGAUGGUUGUGAAGAUGGUUGUGAACUUGGUUAUGUUAUUUGUUUUAUUAUUGUGUUUUUGGUUGUGUAAACUUAACUUAUUUUCAGGAUUUGGUAUUAGUAGAAUUACCUAGUACGAUUUCAGAUUUUCCAA